GGUUACAAAAAGACGACAUGCGGACAUCUCUUCUCACUGCGAACGCAAGCUGAGCGUCAAUGUCAGAGAUGGCCAAGCAAGCAGUGUGGUUUCUGGCAGUAUUGUGCAUCUUUGCCUCUUCAGGUCUGACCAGGGAAGAGGAUGUAGAUGCCAUCUCCCAGCUGUCAGAACAGAUGAGUACAAUACUGAGGAAACUGCAGGCAAAAAACGAAGAGCAAGCGUCAGAGAUUCUUGCCUUGAAGGAGAGACUUAAUGCCUUAGAAACACCAAGGGUAGCGUUCGCAGCAUCACUGGGUACCAAUGGGCUUAUGAAUACAAAGGCCUUCAAGACGCUUAUUUACAAAGACGUAUUGACCAACGUUGGCAAUGCCUACAACCCCAAGACAGGCAUCUUCAAGGCCCCUGUGAAAGGAGUCUACUACAUCCGCUUCACAGCUAAUUCCCCAACCACAGACACCAUGAGUGCCGUGCUGUAUAAAGGCGAGACUGUAAUGCUGAUCGUACAUGAGCAGCCGUCCGGAGAGGGCAGCGACACUGCCUCAAACGGGGCUCCACUGCUUCUGGAGGAAGGAGACGAACUCCAUAUGGAACUCUGGCCUAACACCCAGAUCUGGGACAACUCUAACCAUCACAGCACCUUCAGUGGCUUCCUUCUCUUCCGUAUGUGAGGAAAGCAAGGGUUCAACUCCACACUUUACCUCUAUGUUGAGCAGUUUCAGACUUUGUUGCCUCACACUUGAUCUGUUGGGAUUCGGACUGGUGCAUGUUACACUUAAAUGUGGUCGUGUUAAAACGACUGCUUUUGUCUGACCUAAAGUUUAUUCUGUGUGUGGCAUUAAAAUUAAAGUUUGUUUUGACAGCUGAGA